AAAGUGGAAGGAAGCAGAACGAAGAGUAACUAUUUUAGCCAUGUUCUAAUUUUCUUUAGUUCUCUCUCUCUCUCUCUCUCUCUCUCUCUCUCUCACUCUUUCUAAUGUAAUUUUAAUAUACACGAACGUUAUUACUCGCUAACUCCUCACACGCGAGUAAAAUCGAGUGCCGUGCGUUGGAGUUAAUUGGACGCUUUCAAGCAAGCCGAAGGUGUUCCAGACGUUCUUUAUUAGACGUUCGAACUAAGCACGUUCUCUACUGUAGAAACUAAUGACAAAGGAUUUCGCAACAAAAGGUGCAAAUUUCGUACGGUUAAACUCCUCGAAAAAUGUUCCUCUGAUUUUUAACAAUAAAAUAUAAACUAUAUUUAUAUAUAUAUAUAUAUAUAUAUAUAUAUAUAUAUAUACAAAGGUCAUUAGAUUUUUCAUCAAGUCGAUAUUACGAGCUCGUUUUUCGCUAGACACCCCGUAGAUUCAGUAUGCCUGCCGACAGUGUCUAAGCGCGUACCUUGCCUUCCUUCACGGUCUGUUCGUCACAUGUCGAGUACUUUUACCGCGUUUUUUCAACAUUCUCCUUCUUUCCCUUACCGCGACUUCCAUGGGUACGCGCGCCCGUGCGCUAAACUUACAUAUUAAUCAACACGUCGGUGUUUAGAAGGUGUAUGCGAGGUGAGAGGGGAGAGAAAGGAAAACAGAAAAAGAACAAAAACAAAAACAAAAGAGAACGCAUUGUUCGCGAAUUUAUCGUCAUAUAAAAAAUUCAUUUUCGCUUGGACAAAAUGGGGUGUCUCUCCUUUGAUCAUUAACAAUCAAUAAUUAUUGAACUUUGUAUCCUCUCGCGAUACGUCAUUUUAAAUUAAAUUUUUUUUUCGAGGAUCAAGUAUGUUUCUUUCUUUUUUCUUUUUUCUUUUUUCUUUUUUCUUUUUUUUUUUUUUUUCGUCUUCUUCCAUGUAUGAUGAAGAAAAAGGAAUUCUUAUUCUGAAAGUAAAUUUUCCCCGUAAGUAAAUUCGCUAAGUAAUUUUUUAUCGAUUGAUUCUCGAACUCGUGUUCACAUAUGGAAACGUAAAAAUUCUAUAUCUCGUUCAUAUUUAACGAUAAACUGGGAGAUCUCGUGUCGUAUCGCGUCGCGUCGCGUCAAGUCGCGUCGCGUCGUGUUGUCUCGGUAGCGAAUAAAAAUUCUCCAAACGCUCUUGGAACGUUCCAAGAGGACGAUGGUUAUCCAAACGACGAUCGUGUUUCGAAAGAUAUACGAACUGUACACAUAUACUACAUAUAUAUAUGUUUAUAUGUAUGUAUGUAUGUAUGUGUGUAUGUAUGUAUGUGCGUGCGCGCGUAUAUGUGUAUGUGUCUAUGUAUUUGUAUGGAGCUAGAGUAGAGAACGACGAGAGACGUAAGGACUUUGCUCUAAAUUUAUGGGAAAAGUCGAGAAGAAGAAGAAGAAGAAGAAGUAUGGACAUAGAAGUAGAAGUAGAAGUAGAAGAAGAGGAGGAAGAAGUUUCUACAAAGCGGUAAUCGCGUUGGCUACCGAGUACGUGCUAUGCCACCAUUUUUGCACUCUUUCCGUGUAAAUAACAAACAUUGACGGUCGAUAAGGAAUCUUGUCUGCAUGGAAACCGAUCCGAUACAUCUAUCGUACCUGAUAACGCUACGAGUAUAUUGAAACGGACUAUUUAAUAAGAAAUAAAAAAGAAUUAAUGAAAAAUGUUAAAGAGAGAAACAAAAAGAGAGAGAAAGAAAAUAAUGAUAGUGGAAGCUUUGUAUUACGCGGUGUAAAAAAAAAAAAGAAAAUGAGAAAAGAAUAAAAAGAAGAAGAAAUAAAGAUGGAGGUUUUGUAUUUUGUCGUGUAAAAAAUUUAAGGCAAAAUAAAAGAUGAGAAAAGAAUAAAACGAAGAAGAAGAAGAAGAAGAAAAAAUAAAGAUAGGGGAGUUUCCUAUUUUGCGUUGUAAAAAAAAAAAAAAGAAAUAACAAAGAAAACUAAAAAAAAAAGGAAGAAGGGAUGAAGAUAGAAGUUUCGUAUUUCGCGGUGUAAAAAAUUAAAAAAAAGAAAAGAGAAAAGAGAAAAAAAAUUUAUAAAAAAAAAAAAAAAAAAAAAAAAAGAGGAAGAAAAAAAAAAUGAAGAUGGAGGCUUCGCAUUUCGUGGUUUGAAAAAUUAAAAGGAAAAAAAAUAAAAGAAAUAAGGAUGGGAGGUUUCGUGUUUCGCUGUGUAAAAAAUUAAGAAAAAAAACAAAAACAAGGGAAUAAAAAUAAAAAGCAUAAAAAAAGAAGAAGAAGAAGAUAUAAAGAUGGAGUAUUAAUAUUUCAGGAUAUUGUAGCUAUCAACCGCGAUGUAACACUUGAGAUUUAAACGAACCCAAAGUUGUUCAUCGUACUCUUUCCUCUACUUAUGAAAUUAUUCACGGAUCUCGAUCCCGAUAGCCAGUUAAACUCUCCUUCUCUCUAUCUCAAUUAUGCUUGUUAAUUUAUCUCGAUCGUGGGAACGAUAAUGAACCUUCCUACGUCGUCUACCUAAAUCUAACCUCUUCGUUACCAUACCGUUGAUUAUUUUUAGUUUCUCUCGAGGAGAAUGGGAGAGGAUGCAAAAUGGAGAUAACGCGUUUACAUGAACCCAUCAGUAGGAGUAACGAGAAAAGGAGUAAACGGCGGAGGAUUGUAUUUCACCAUUGAGCCGCAGGAUGUUGUAGUCGAGCAAGGAGGAUCCGCCAGAUUGGAUUGCGAAGCGAAAAGUAUUUUUGGUCAGCCUACGAUACAGUGGCGAACGGACGAUGGCACGCCGAUUAAUUUUAUCGGGGAAAACUAUCGAUCGCAGCUAGCAAAUGGAUCCCUGUACAUAAAUAGCGUAUACGCCGGUAGUUCAGAAUUAACUGGAAGCUAUCAAUGCCUAGCAUCCGUAGAUGAUGUUGGAGCUAUUGUUUCUCGAACUGCAACGAUCAAACUUGCAAGUUUGCCUGGUUUUGAGAAAGAACCCCAAGAUACUAUGGUUUAUCCAGGACAAAUAGCCUAUUUGAGUUGCACACUUCCGGCCUCAUCUAGCUUAUUAAAAAUACAAUGGCUCAAGGACGAACGGCCUAUGAUACUCGACGAAAAUCGUAUGACGAUUAUGCCGUCAGGUGCUUUGGAGAUAGACGAUGUACAGAUUCAGGAUAUCGGAUCGUAUAGAUGUAAUGCAAGCGGUUAUGGACAGUACCGUUUAAGUAACAAAGCGCAAUUAGGGCUGUUAACUAGCGACAUCGACCAAGGAUCCUCACCACCGAUUUUUAUUGCGCAACCUUCGCAACAAGUAGCCGUUGAAGGUUCCACCGUUACUUUGGAAUGCGCUGCUAAUGGCUAUCCUAAACCUACAAUUUUUUGGCUGAAAGAUGGUGUGUCUAUAGACUUAGGAUCGUUCGACUCUAGGUAUCGUAAAAUAGCCGCGUCGAGUCUAAUGAUCACUGAUCUUAAAGAAGCAGAUCAUGGCUCGUAUCAAUGCCGUGCUGAAAAUGAGGUUGAGACGUUAGAUUCUGUUGCCGAGAUCAUAGUUCAAGUUCCGCCAAAGUUUAUUAAGAAACCGGAAGAUAAGAUAGCCAGUGAAAGUCAAGAUUUAGAAUUUGAAUGUGAGAUUUAUGGAAAACCAGAACCAAAAGUUACGUGGUUGAAAAAUGGAGAACGAAUUACUGUUAACGAAUAUUGGCAAAUAAUUAAUGGUAACAAUCUUAGAAUCAAUGGCCUUCUUGCGAUAGACGCUGGAAUAUUUCAGUGCAUAGGAAUAAAUCCUGCUGGUAGUGUCCAAGCCUCGGCACGACUUACUAUUAAUCAACCUAAAAAAACAACCGCUCACAAAGCAACGACUCCAAAGUCCGUCCCAAAAAAAAAAUUACUGUAUCGUCCUUUAUAUAAUAAAACAUGGCAACAUCCCAGUACACUCUUAGGACACACAUUAUCGGCAUUUACACCAAAUCCUCCGUUAUCGAUCAGUCCUUCCGAUGAUCCAACCGAUCUUCCAGGAUUGGUUAAAUAUCCUAGCUCCCUUUACGAUCCAGAUACCCAUUUUGUAGAUGAUACAGAAAGCAUCGAGUCGAUUGAAGGCAGCGUACCAUCCGCGCCUAGAAAUUUGAGCUUAAUCAUCGUUACUGCAAGAUUCGUCACUUUACGUUGGCAAGAACCGGAAAAUACAAAUGGCGAUAUUUUAAAUUAUUACAUUUAUUAUAAACAGGAAGGUGUACAAAGAGAACGUGUUGUCAACACUCAAAAAUUAGAGGCAAUGAUAUCAAGUUUACAGCCAAGUAUGACUUAUCAGUUUCGAAUAGUUGCUCAAAAUUCAAGAGGUCCUGGUGCUUCUAGUGAAGUAUUACAAGUGACCACUCAGUCUGAGGCAAAUGUCCCAGGACCACCGAUGAAUUUAGAAGGCCACGCAACUAGCAGUGCAAGCAUUGCUUUGUCAUGGGACGAACCGCAAGUUAUUAAUGGACGUAUUUCUAAAUAUAUUAUCACAUAUACGGAGGGAGAUGUCGAGGAAAAAACACGUGAAACCACAAGUACAACGUACGAAUUGGUAGAUCUCGUGCCUUAUACAGAAUACAGUAUUAGAGUUCAAGCUGUCAAUGAAAAUGGUCCUGGUGCAUAUACUAGAGAUGUUCUAGUUCGAACACACAGUGCUCAACCUACACAACCACCCCAUAAUGUUACAUUAGAAGCAGCUAGUUCAACUAGUAUUAUCGUAAGAUGGGAACCACCGUUGGACGGUCAAAAUGGUAUUAUUACCGGUUAUAAAAUUCGAUAUCGUCGACACGAUCGUCGUUUCUCACCAAAUUCAGUUACAACCGAAGGAAAUCAACGUUUGUACGUGAUUACUGGCCUCGAAAAGCAUGUCAUAUAUCAAGUUCGAAUGUGUGCCUUAAAUGUUAAUGGAACUGGACCUUGGACCGAAUGGAUGACUAUAGAAACAUAUGAGAAUGAUCUAGAUGAGACUAACGUGCCGGGUGCACCUAGUCACAUAAGAACAAAAUCUAUGGCUGAUUCUAUAUCGCUUUGGUGGAAUCCACCGAAAGAUCAGAGUAUUAAAGUUAGAGGAUAUAGAAUUGGUUGGGGUAAAGGAUAUCCUGAUGUUGAAGAUCAAGUUCUUGAUGGAAAACAACGAUUUUUUACUAUUGAAUCUUUAGAACCUACAACGGAAUACGUUAUUUCUAUAAGAGCAACAAAUGAGGCUGGUGAAGGUCAGCCAGCUUAUGCAAAUGUAAGAACUACAGAACGUUCUGUAUCCGAAUAUGUUGUGCCUUUAAUACCACCGGUUGGUCUUAAAGCGAUCGUUUUAUCAGCAGCUACUGUAGUACUCUAUUGGACUGAUACAACUCUCCCAAAAAGCCAAUAUGUAACAGAUAAUCGCUAUUAUGUCGUACGUUAUACGUCAUAUCAUCAUAGCAGCAAUCCUCGUUAUAAAUAUUACAACGCCACUGAUUUAAAUUGUAUGAUAAAUGAUCUAAAACCUAAUACACAAUACGAAUUCACUGUUAAAGUUAUCAAGGGAAAAAGAGAAUCACCAUGGAGUAUGGUAGUAUUGAAUCAAACUCAGGAAGCUGCACCGAGUUCUCCACCAAGGGAUUUAAGUGUUCAUAGUGUCGAAGAUCGUCCGACUUCAGUAAUUCUACGAUGGCAACCACCUAAACAGCUAAAUGGACCAAUCACUGGAUAUAUAAUCUUUUAUUCUACGGAUAAUAAUAAAUGGGAUCGUGACUGGUUGAUCGAAGCUGUGAUUGGUGAUAAGACAGAAUUUGUAAUCAAAAUGUUACAACCAAGUACGACAUAUUAUUUCAAGAUUCAAUCACGUAAUUCGAAAGGAUAUGGACCAUUUUCGACAACAGUUUCAUUUAAAACACCGCAAAGCAAUGGCAUUGAUAUCUAUGAUGAAUUGCAUGUUCGAGAUGACCGUGGUCUAUCCAAUAUAUUGAUCUACAUUACAGUAGGUUGUGCAGUUAUCCUGAUUACUGGUAUAGCAGUGGUCGUUGUUGUAAUGUGCUGUAAACGUAAUCCGGAUUCGCCGGAUCGAAAGAAAGGAUAUAUGAAAGAUGCGAAUCUAAAAACAAAUAUUAAACCACCGGACCUGUGGAUUCAUCAUGAUCAAAUGGAAUUAAAAGCUCUUGAAAAGUCUUCUAUCAAUGGUGAAGCAUCUACGAGCGGUGUUGCUAGUAAUACUUUACCAAGAUCAGGAAAUCAGGAGUAUACUCAAGAUAAUGUACAUGGAAAUUCCAGCUCGUUAGACAAGCGCACAUAUGUACCUAGUUAUAUGGGUAACACUGAUGAGAAGUGCUCUACCCUGAGCAGACAGCACAGUCGGGGAAGCCACAAACCUAAACUCAUAACACUUCCUGUCGACAGUGCACCUGUACAUCAGCCUAUAGCAACUGCAACACCAAUUGUCAAUAGCAGUUUGUCACAGCCAACAAUACACAGUACGUGCACGGAUGCUCCGUCGGUGAGACAAAAUUAUCCACGUACCGUGGCACAAUACAGUUUAAGCCGAGCGCACAUCACGUUAGAGCCAACACCAGAAUCGAGUCCAGAUUCUUGUAAUAUGCCAAGUUCUUACGAACCUCUACAAAGUCAAUUACCAUAUAGCCAAAGUGGACAGUCAUACAGUGGGAGUAGCCAGUAUGCUUCCAGUCACUAUGGCAGUGGUAAUCAGCCUACUAGUAGUGCUACGGCGUUAGAUAGUAGCACCAGUAAAAGGCUUCAAGGACAUCCAUUGAAAAGCUUUAGCGUACCAGCACCUCCUCCUCAAUCUGCUCCUUCUACCCCAGCACAGCAGAAACACGGAGUAUCACAAGUAACGGUAAGACCAACGAUGUCUGGUAGUCCGUAUAAAAAGCCUCAAGGGUCUACGUCGCAAUUAGCGAAGAACCGAUUAGCUUCGGUUUCUAAUCCAGCACAUACUUCCGAGGAAGUAGAACGAUUAAAGCCUUCAUAUAGCACAGAAGAAUUGAAUCAAGAGAUGGCCAAUUUAGAGGGUCUAAUGAAAGAUCUAAAUGCCAUAACAGCAUCUGAAUUUGAAUGCUAAAGUAGUAGCAGGUUCCUAAAUUUUGUGUGCCAUCCGAAUUGGAUAAAAAACAGUAUGACAACGCAUUCUUAAUGUUAGUACUCGAGAGAUCAAUUUACAAUGAUGAUUGCGUUAUGUUGUGGCUUUAUAUCGGAGGUUUCUCUUAUGUGUAUUUAAUUAUCUUUCCUUUUUUUUUUUUUUUUUUUUUUAAUUUUUUUUUUUUUUUUUUCGUUUCCCUUUUAUUAUUUCCCUUAAGUAUGUAUGUGAUUGACGAACGUCGAUGAACGACGUGAAUAACAGUUACUUAAAUCGGGCAAUUAAUAUGCUUAUCAGUGACAAGUUAUACGAAUUAUUAAAUAAUUAUUUUCCUAGUCGACAAUUUUUUUUGUCUCUCCUGUACUAGCAUUGUUUUAUUUUUUUUCUUUUUUUUUUUUUUUUUCUUUUUUUUGUCUUUUUUUUUUUUAUUUUUUUUGUCUUUUUUUUUUCUUUUUUUU